AUGAAUUCUUUAAUUCAUACUAAAAAAAUGGUAUCCGGUCACAGAACAGCAAUUCGCAAUUAUUGCAGCUUUAAAUUAUGGUAUAAUACCAAUCAAAUAAAUAGUAGCUUGGCAUUUAUUUGUGUAAAUAGAAGAAAUCCCAAGAAUAACAGAUUAUUAUUGCAUUCUAUAAUAACAGAAAAUUACAACAAUAAUUUAUCCUAUGUACAAUUUCGUACAUUUUAUAUUACACCAAUAUGGAAUGGUCAAGAAUCAUCUUCCAAAGUAGAAGAUACAAUAAAAAAUAUCAAGGAAAAAAAAGAACUUGAAGCUAAAACACAAGAAUGUGUUGUUCAUACUUCUUCAAAAUCAAAAGUAGCAGAAAAAAAGCCACCAAUUUGGGAAAGAAUCAAAGGAGAAAUUCUACAUUAUUAUCAUGGAUUUAGAUUAUUAGGUCUUGAUAUGAAAAUUUCAGCAAAAUUGAUAUGGAGAAUUUUACAGGGUAAAGAACUUAGUAGAAGAGAACAUAGACUUCUUGUAAAAACAACGGGGGAUAUGUUCAGACUUAUUCCUUUCUCUGUUUUUGUUAUUGUACCCUUUAUGGAAUUUUUACUUCCAAUUGCUAUUAAGGUUUUUCCUGGAUUAUUACCAUCUACUUUCCAAACAGCAACAGAUAAAGAGAAUAAAUUAAAACAAGCAUUGAAAAUUAAAAUUGAAAUGGCAAAAUUUUUACAACAGACAUUAGAUGAUAUGGCAGUACAAUCAACUGAUUGUAAAUCUCAAAAAGCCAAAGAAUUUGCUGAAUUUUUUUAUAAAGUUCGAACCUCUGGUGCUGUGGCUACUAAUGAAGAAAUUAUGCAAUUUAGUAAAUUAUUUGAAGAUGAAAUUACAUUAGAUUCUCUUACUCGACCACAAUUAGUUGCAUUAUGUAGAGUAUUAGAUGUACAAACUCUUGGAACAUCGAAUUUUUUACGUUUUUUACUUAGAAUGAGACUUAGAAGUCUUACUGCAGAUGAUAAAUUAAUUGAAAAAGAAGGUAUAGAUUCACUUACUAGAAGUGAAUUGCAACAAGCCUGUAGAGCUCGUGGAAUGCGAGCAUAUGGAUUACCAGAUAGUAAAUUAAAAGAACAAUUGUCUCAAUGGUUAGACUUAAGUUUAACUAAAAAAGUUCCACCUUCAUUGUUACUCCUUUCACGAGCACUUAUGGUUCCCGAAACAAUACCAAUGUCAGAUAAAUUAAAAGCUACUAUUUCUGCUCUUCCUGAUACUGUUGUUACACGUACUCAGGGUGCAAUAGGAGAAAAAGAGGGUAAAAUGGACCACAAAACGAAUAUCGAAAUUAUUAAAAUGGAAGAACGCAAAAUUGAAGAAGAGAGGCAAGAAAAAGAACCACAAACUACUGUUUGUUUACAAAGCAACAAAACGGACGAAAUUACGAAUUCAGAUGUAAAAGUUUUAGAACAGGCUUUAGAUUGUCUUGGAAAGGAUAAAGAAAUGUCUGUUGAAAAAGAAGAAUUGAAAGAAUUGAAAGAAGAAAUGGCCGAUUAUCAAGAAGAUCUUAAAGAAUUUUAUGAAAUAAAAGCAAAUGCUAAAGGCCAACAAGACAUAGAAAAUAUUAAAGUAUCCAAAGGUGCCAUUCGUUUGUUUAAUAAAGUGAAUAAGAUGAUUAAUAAAAUGGAUGCAGUUGUUGUUCAACUUGAAUGUGAAAAGAAAAUGAAAGAAUUACAAAAUAUAAAUGAUGUUAAUAAAGAACAAACAAAUACUUCAAAAACUGCUGAAGAAUUAGUUAAGAUAGAUGAAUUAAUUUCAGCAAUUAAAAAAAUGCAAAGUGUACCUGAUCAACAUCGAUUACAACGCAUAGCUGAAAUUUUAGCAAAAAUUGAUGAUGAUAGAGAUGGAGCUAUAAAAAUUGAAGAUGUCUUAAAGGUAUUAGAAUUAAUUGGUAAAGAAGACAUCAAAUUAAGUAAAAAACAAGUAGAUGAAUUACUUGAAUUGAUUGAUAAAGAAGAAAUAUUGGAAGAAAAAGAACAAAAUCAAAAAAAGUUACAAAAAGAUUCGUGUGAAUUUAAAGAUGAAAAUGAUAUUAAAACAAAAUGUGCUUUGCCUCAAUCAUCAGUUUUUGUUACACCAAUAACAACUGAAAAGAAUAUUGGUAAAGAAGAAUUAAAGAAAGUUGUUGAAGAAUCAAACAAAAGUUAUAGUAUACAUUCAUCUGAACAAGAAAGAGAAAAAUCAGCUGCAAUGCUUAAGAGUAAUUCCAGUUCUAAUGGAGUUAGAAAUCCUCCCUUAACUCCCAAUGUUCCAUCACCAACAAAAAAAGCGGAAGGCUCUAAGCAACUGUAAUUACCGCACAAUCAAAUAUUAUAAUUUAUGUAAUUAAACAACAUUUUUAUUGGGUACAGAUUUAGAAAACUAUCAUAUUUUCAUCUUUAUAGAUUAUAUGUCUAUCUCUAUAUAA